UUUGAAAAAAUAUGACUACGUAAGAAAGAUCUUAUGCCGCUUCCGGGAGAGCUCAGUGACAGCCAGUUGAAACGCUACGUUCCACUUGAGUAAGAUCAACCAAAAAUGGCUGUCGCUGUAGCAGAGGCUGUGUCUUGUAUUUUGCAGUGCAUUGGUGUAGUUUGUCUUUGCAUUGCUGGUAUCGUAGAAUGGGCUAAAAAGGCUUUUGCCGUUGUGACAAAAAUAGUGACCUGUGGGCAAGGAUGGCAAGGCUUUUUUAUGAACUGCUUGACGUUUUUCAACUCCGAAGAGGACCCAGAUUUUAAGGACUUCGAUCUUCCAGAAGCAGAAAAUCGAACAGUAACGGACAUGCCUUCACUUGUUUUAUUCAUAACAGUUUUAUUAGGUAUGAUGGCUGGAAUGAACCGAGCUAUAGCCUACGGAAAACCUGAAGUUUAUUUUCAGGGAAUUGACUCGUGGGGAAAUAUAUGUGGAUACGAAAAUCUGCCCAUUACGGGAUCUGUAUUUUCAGGAAGAGAUAUGACUAAAUUUGACAAAUUGCUUAUUUUCGAUUUUCUCAGUCGUUCGUCUGUCUUAACCUCUGGUGACGCCGUUGCGAUGUCUGAAAUACCGUUUACUACAUCAAUAUGUGUUGAGCAUUGUCCUCUUAUUACAAGAACAUUUGAUUGCUGGGAAUAUCUUGGAAUAAAAUCUAUAUAUCCAAACGUAAUAAAUGAUUUGCUUUGUAGAUCUGCAGAAAGAGAAUUGAAUACGGUGAGAAUGAGAACACUCUCCUUCUCAGAACGCAACUCUCGGUGCGUACCGGACGUCGUUUCUGAAUCCAUAUCAGUUGAAAAACAGAACAAGAUGCUCAGCCUUUAUUCUACGCAUUGGGUUCAUAACGUCAUCGCCGAUUGUGGCACUUGUGCCGCAGAACUAACCUGGAUGACACUGAUUGCUGCUGGAUGUACCAUGAUUUUUAUCUGUGUCAUACAAAGCGCCUCAGAUACUAUAUGUUGGUUUAGCUUUUCUUCAUUUACAUUCGUGGGUUUAAUAUCUUCUAUUUGUAUGUGGUAUAUGUAUUCCGGUAUUAGCGCUAACGACUCCGCAACGGUACUCUAUUCCGCAGGAGAAAGCGACAUAAUGAACAGUGAUUUUGCACCUGGAAAUUUGACGGGGAACCAAUGGAAACCUCACCACCUUCAAAGUCCAAAACAAACUAUUUCCCGAAACUCUGUUCCACAAGCAGGGUAUUCUAUUGUUUUCCGUGACGCUUCAAUUUAUGUGACUUUUUUCACACUAUUUCUCACUUUUAUCUGUUGUCUUGUCGGCAAGCGCAACAUGGAUGCAGCGGCUGCUCUUUUUAGUAUAGCGAUUCGAGCCAUGAUAAAAGUUCGAUGGAUCUACAUCCUACCUGUUGUAACCUUAUGUUCAGUCAGUUUUGCAGCAGGUCUAUUUCUCUACACGGUAAAUUUACUGACUGCUGUGUUCAAAGACGAUAUAAGUAUUGUUGAAGAUACCAUCUACAAAUUCCCACGCGCUGUGAUAGAGGAAGAUCUUGUGUACACAAACUGGGUACUUCUUUUUGAGUUUUUAGCAUUUGCCUGGCUUUUCAACUUCAUUAUGGCAUGUCAAACGCUGAUUGCGUGUUCUGCUAUAGCAAGCUGGUAUUUUAUAAAAGACAAAGAAGACCUGGACAGGCCAUUAAGAAUAGGAAGUUCUCGAUUGCUGCGAUGCCACUUGGGAUCUGCCGCCGCUGGUGGUUUAUUAGUCGGAUUCCUGGGAUGGAUGAGAGCUCCGUUCAGUUUUCUUCAGUCACGGUUAAAUCGGGCAUUACUGAGUGGCGGGGAUGAGCCACAACCCAUCGAUGAUUCACAACCUUAUUCUGAUUAUUAUGGGAAACCAUAUAGCGUCCAAUAUGAUUACGAAAAGGGCAAAGACCAAACUUCGAAGAAAAGCAUUUCAGGUGAUAACGUUCCGGCGGCUUCCAAAGGACCAGAGGAGGAGCCAUAUUAUUCUGACCGUGGAGAAGCUGAAGUAAAUAGCAAAUGUUCCAAAAAUUCCGCCAACACGAAAUACUCAAAGCACUCCUCUGCAAGUCAGACGCAGCCAAAGCCACCUCAAAGUUUGGAGAUUCCUGUCAAAUAUAUACGUUUCGUCGCUCAAUUAUUUUCUCCUUGCUUUUAUGUCCUGAACAACUUGUUGAUUUACAUAAGUGAUAUAAAUUUCAGUAUUGUUGCAUUGAAAGGAUCGUCUUUUAUACAAGCUGGAUUUGACGUCCGGGAUAUGCUAGUGAAAGACCCGAAACUCAAAGGUCUUGGUGCUAUUUCAAGUUUUUCCCUAUUUCUUGGGAAGUUGUCUGUUGUAAUCGUUGUUUUACCGUUUGGUUUUUUAUUCUUGAGAAAUAAAGAAGGAGUUUUUAUUUACGGAUAUCCGCUCGCAAUGAGUGCUGCAAUUUCAUUUGUUGUUGCCCAUAUAUUUCUCUCUUUAUUCAAUGCAGCCGUCGGAACAAUAUUUGCGUGCUUGAUGGAGGAUCGUGCAUUGAAUGAUGGAUCAGUGGAGAAUCCAUAUUUUGGUGACGAAAAAUUAAUCAUGAAAUUUCACGAGAUAUUACACGUUGGCGACUCGGAUGAUGAUACGCCUGAUUUUCAUUAUGCAUAUGAGUUUCCUAGACCUGCAAAUAGGAAAAAGGCAGCCAGAGAUGCGCAUCGGUCGGGAUCUGAAUUAGGUUCAAGCAAGGCUUAUUCCAACGAAGCUGUUGAUAGUCAGCCAAAACCUAAGAAGAAAACUGCUAAGAAAAAGAAAGGUAACAAGAAAGCAGACAUUGACAAUAUGCCGCCAGAUCAUUCAUCGAUGUUUUUGCUGAUGCCAAAGAAAAACCAACCAGGGGACAUGACUGAAAAAUUGUCGUCUUCUGGACAUACAACAUCAUACGAAGAAGUUGAAGAAAAAAAAGUUCGGAAAGCAAAGAAGGAAAAGCGACAUUCUACUCAAACCAAGUUACAACAUGAGAAAAGACAGACAAAGGAUGAAAAUUCUGUUUAUUCAGAUAGUUAUUCAACCAGAUCUCACAGGCACAGGCAUAGUAAAAGGCAUCAUUAUGCAGAUGAUCACAGACAUCGAGAAAGUCGAUCAUAUUCAGGAUCGGGAGGAAGUGGAGGCCUAUUGGGAAACUUGUUUGGCGCAGUUGCAAAUAGAAGAAAUCAAGAUAAUGAGGAUAGUGAUGGUGGAUUUGGUGGCUUUGAUGACUUUGGAGGUGACGAUGAUGAUGACGGAGGUGGCGACGAUGAUGACGGAGGAGAUGAUAUGGGAGGCGAAGAAAAUAAAAAAGACAAAAAGAAGAAUAAAGAAAAAAAAGAAAAAGAUAAGAAGAAGGAGAAGGAUAAGAAAAAAGAAAAGAAAGAAAAAGAUAAGAAGAAUAAGAAGGAUAAAAAGGAAAAGGAUACCAAGGGAAAGGAUAAAAAAGAAAAAGAUAAAGAGGGGAAGGAUAAAAAUAAAAAAGAAAGUAAGGAGAAAGACAAAAAAGGAAAAGGGAAGGACAAGGCUGAGAAAACCAAGGAAAAGAAAGAUAAAGACAAGACUAAAACGAAAGACAAAAAUAAACAAAAAACUGACAAGAAAAAAAAUAAGAAAGACAAACCAAAAAAAGACAAGCCCGAGAAGAAACAAAAGACAGAUAAAAGUGGAAAGAAGACAAAGGGUGGGAAAUCAGACAAAAUAAAGGACAAACCAUCCAAAAAAGCCAAACCGACGAAAAAAGACAAGGGCAAAACUCCGAAGGCAAAACCCAAAAAAGCUCCAAAAUCUGCCAAGCCAAAAGGGAAAGCGGGUAAAAUGAAAAAGCCGAAAUUGGGAAAAAGCAAGAAGCCGAAACUUGGAAAGGGUAAAAAACCGAAAUUGGGGAAAAUGAAAAAACCUAAAAUAAAAAAACCCAAACUUGGCAAAAUGAAGAAGCCUAAUAUUAAAAAACCCAAACUCGGCAAAAUGAAAAAGCCUAAAAUGGGCAAAAUGAAAGGAUUUAAGAAGCCUAAAAUGGGAAAAAUGAAGGGUUUCAAGAAGCCAAAAAUGGGCAAAAUGAAGGGUUUCAAAAAGCCUAAAAUGGGAAAAAUGAAAGGAUUUAAAAAGCCUAAAAUGGGCAAGAUGAAGGGGUUUAAAAAACCUAAAAUGGGGAAAAUGAGAGGUAUGAAAAAACCAAAAAUGGGUAAAAUGAAAGGCUUCAAAAAACCAAAGAUGAGAAAAAUGAAAGGCCCAAAAAUGAAAGGCGGUGGUAAAAUGAGGGGAGGCAUGAAAGGAGGCGGUAGGAAGAUGGGUGGGGGUAUGAGAGGAGGAGGUGGUGGUAAAAUGGGUGGUGGAGGAGGAAUGGGUAAAAUGAAAGGAGGUAAGAUGGGGAAAAUGGCAAAAGUUGGAAAAGGACUUGGAAUGGCCGGAGCAGUUAUCGGUGGCGCAGAGGGAGCUGCAAAUAUUGGAAAUGCGAUGUUACGCAUCACUGGCAAGAAAGAAGCUUUCAAUGAUAAAGUUAACGAUGUGACAUUUGGAACCAGAAAACGAGCAAAGGCAGCUACAGCGAUGCAGACAAUCAUGGGAGGCGGCGGAGGUUUGCGUCAAGCAAUGCAAGAUGUAGAUGCACAAUUUGAUGAGAUGGAGGCGGAACAGAAACGUGAGAGAAAGCGACAACGAAAACAAGAGAAACGUGAAAAGGCGAAUAUGCAAAAUCUCUUACAACAGAGACUGAUGGCACGAAAAAGACAACGACCCUGA